GUUUACUUUCUAGGUAUAAGAUAUAGUUUAAGGGACGCCCAAAAGAAAAAGACUGAAUAGCGAUAGUUCAAAUGUAACGGUCUACAGAGAAAUAUAUAUUUUAUAAACCCUAAAGGAUCAUCCACGUUAUUACCGAACCAGUGAAUACCACAUUCCCGCUCGUGGUGCUGUCGCCUGCCGGACAGCAGAGCAGGCUCCAUGGACUGUGGUGUUUGAGACUGACUGAGACGAGGGUGCCACACAUUUACUGACUCGUCUCGUUGGACGGACUAUAGUUACUGCAAAAAAUAUGGAUCCACGUAUAAUUUUGCUAUUUAUACUUACCUUUAAACGAGGAAUAUGUUUUGAAGAAUGUAACCCCAAUGUAGCGAUUAUAGGUGGUGGUAUUGGUGGUGCAGCGAGUUCACAUUUUCUUACAGAAUUAUUUAAAAAUAAUGUUAAUAUUGAUUUAUACGAAGCAAAUACUAUUGGGGGACGUUUAGCUACUGUAAAAAUUGAUGAUAACAAAUUUGAAGCUGGUGGUUCAAUUAUACAUUCUCAAAAUAAAUACAUGCAAGAAUUUGUUAAAUUACUUGGUUUAGAUGUUAGAUCAAAUAAUAAUAAUCAAAGGGCAGGCAUUUGGGAUGGCAAUGAAAUUAUAUUUGAAGAAAGUAAAUGGGAAUUAAUAACUUUGGCUAAAUUAAUUUAUAAAUAUGGUACUCAGCUAUUUAGCCUUAAUAGAUAUACAAGUUCUAUAUUAAAUAAGUUUGAAAAAAUAUACCAUCUACAGGAUGCUGGAUAUUCUUUCAUAAAUAUUUCUAGCCUUAUGUUGGCUAUAAAUGCUGAAUUUCCAAGAAUUUUACAAAUAUCUAUUAAGAAUGAGCUUUUAAAUUUGGGAUACUCAGAAAAAUUAAUUGAUGAAAUUGUUAAAACAACAGUGGUAGUAGAUUUUGGCCAAGAUACAAAUGUUCAUAGUUUUGUUGGAUUUGUUUCUUUAGCUGGAGCAGGUUCCAACUUGUGGUCUGUCAGAGGAGGAAACAAAAAGGUACCUGAGCACUUAAUAUAUAGGAAUAAAAAUGUAAAUGUUAUACCUUCACAUGUCAUAAAAGUUGUUAAUAUGUUAACAAAUGGUACUAAAAAUCUAUAUGAAGUGCAUUAUAGCAAUAAAGAUAGUACUGUGAUAAUGAAAUCAGUGUAUGAUAUUAUAAUUAUUGCAACUCCACUUAUCCAUGAUCAGGAAUUUCCUAUAACUUUUGAAGGAUUUCCAAAAAAUGAUUUUUAUAGUACAGGAAAAUAUCAUGAAACUAUAGCAACAUUUAUUAAAGCAGAUUUAAAACCAUACUACUUUGGUUUAGAAGAAGAAAUAGAUAAUAUUCUAAGUUGUAAUCCAAAUAAAACAAUAAUUAGUGCUUUAGGAAGACUGAAUUCUGUGGAAGGUACAAUGAAAAACAGCAGAGUUUGGAAAAUCUUCAGCAACAAACCUUUGAAAUCAGAAAUUAUGAAUGAAAUGUUUUCAAAUAUCAAAGAAGUACAACAAAUCAGUUGGAAGGCAUAUCCUGAAUAUUCAUCAAAAAUUCAUGAAGCAAGCUUUAAAUUACAUAAUGCACUUUAUCAUGUGAAUGCUAUUGAGUGGGUUGCUAGUGCAAUGGAAAUGAGUGCAAUAAGUGGAAGAAAUGUUGCACUUUUAGCAUACAAUGAUUUUGUUCAAAAAUAUUGCUCAAAAAAGUCUGAAACAGUACAAGAAAACUCUGAUGAAAAUACACCAUCUACUGAACUAUGAUAUAAUAAUAAGUAAACAAAGCUUGAUGUAAAUAUAUGUAUACCGCAGUUCACCAGAGUCCAUAACUGUGACGCGCAGGUUGGAAGAUGGUGGGGGAACGCAGCGAGCUCUCUGCUAAUCGCUUUCUACUUCGUUUGGGAGUAUCGCCAAUCAGGGCGAAGAUGCGCACUGGAGAAGCGCGAAGAACGAAAACUGGUCUUUUCGCAGUUAUGGACUCUGGUGAACUGCGGUAUAAAUAUGCAUGUAAAAUGAAUAGAUUGUAGUAAUUUUUAUUAAUUAUAAUUUAAUUUAUAUAUUUUCAUUUGAUAAUAUACAUUGUUAAAAAUAAUACAAUAAUAAGGUAAAUGAAAAA